AUGUCAACUGAAGUUAGAGAUGACAACCCAUACUCUAGACUUAUGGCCUUGAAGAGGAUGGGAGUGGUUUAGAACUAUGAAAACAUUAGAAAAUUCACAGUCUUAAUAGUAGGAGUUGGUGGAAUUGGGUCAGUGGUAGCAGAGAUGCUUACCCGAUGUGGCAUUGGCAAGUUGAUUCUCUAUGAUUACGACAGAGUUGAACUGGCUAAUAUGAAUAGAAUGUUUUAUCUUCCAACUCACGAGGGCUUGGCUAAGGUUGAAGCUGCUAAGAUUAGUCUAAUAAACAUCAAUCCUGAUGUUGAGAUAGAAACUCAUAAUGAAAAUAUAUGCACAAUAGAGAACUAUGAGAAGUUCAAUCAAAGAAUACUCAAUGGUUCUCUAACAGGAGGAAGAGUUGACCUUGUUCUCUCAUGUGUAGAUAACUAUGCAGCCCGUAUGACAAUUAAUAAAUCAUGCAACAACCUUAACCAACUAUGGUUUGAGAGUGGAGUAUCAGAGAAUGCUAUGAGUGGGCACAUUUAGUAAUUAAUACCUGGCGAGUUAGCUUGUUUCGCUUGUGCUCCACCCCUGGUGGUUGCCAAUGAUGGAGAUGAAAAUGAAAUUAAGAGAGAUGGUGUAUGUGCUGCCUCAUUACCUACUACAAUGGGUAUCAUUGCAGGAUUUCUGAGUUAAACAGUAUUGAAAUUUUUACUAUAGUUCGGAGAAGUUAGUCCUUUUCUUGGCUACAAUGCCUUCAGUGAUUUCUUCCCCAAAUACCCAUUGACUCCUAACCCUGAUUGCACUGAUAAGAAAUGCAAAGAACUCUAGCAAUAUUACAAUGAUCAUCCAGAGGAGAGAAGGUUAAAAGAGGAGAAAAAAGUUGAAGAAAAAGCAUCAGCUCAUGAUGAUAAUGAAUGGGGCAUUUCUAUUGAAGGAGGUGAAGAUGAGCAAGCUCCACAAUAAGAAACAUUUGUAGAGGUAAAGAAAGAACAGAGCUUAGCAGAUUUAAUGAGUAGCAUGAAAAAACUUCAAACUAAAUAAUGA